AUGAGACGGUGUGGCAGUGGGAACGAUUUUCGUACGACAGGUGACGGGGAUCAGUUCAAGGUGAUUGCAUCGCUUCAUGGAAGCAAUGCGGCAAAGAAUUUGAUAACUCUGGAUCGCGAAGAUGAAAAACUGUUCUAUUCGCUGAAAGGUUGUAUGGCUCGACCGAGUGCAUCGUGUACGGCACCGAGUCUUCAAUCUAAACAAAAUCGUCAAAAGAUUUUCUACUUGUUUAUCAACAAUCGAAGUGUUGAAUGUGCACAAUUGAAACAAGCAUUGGACGUCGUGUUUGCUGCACAAAAUACAUUUUCAACAUUCAUUAUGUUAUCGUUACAG